AAUACCCAACAAAGGUUCUAAAAUCCUAGAAAACCUCUACGACCAUUUUCUUCCUUUACUUUAAUCUUGAUAAUAUCUUCUUCAUAGUAUACAUCCACUCGAACCAGUAAACGUACGUAUAUUGAGGCCAAUUAAGGUGCUUCCAAAAACCGUCCCUACGCUACCCAACCCAACCCAAACUGGCCUUUCAAGGUCAGGAUUCUAAUUAACGACCUCAUUGGCAGCGAGGUUUUAUCUAAUUAGCCCGAUAGGAAAAGCGUGAGAAAGAUCAAAGAUGAAAAUAUAUGGUGUAUGUAUAAUAUUUUUGGCAAGCUUGGUGAGUUUUAGUGGGAAAGUAGAGGGAGCAACAUCGGUGACAUGUGAACCACAAUAUGGGUUCUUGCCAUGUACAAGUGGUAUUUGGGGAACACUUUUCUUGAUUGUGGUUUAUCAAUACUUGAUGUCUUUGGGUCAAAGUUAUAUUUCAAAUGGGUCGGAUAAGUUCUUUGCUCUUAUUGGGCCGGGUAUCUUCGGUGCCAGUUUGUUCCAUAUUCUAGCUAACUUCCCAAUGCUUUUCCUCAUCCUCCAGUCGGGAUUAUCAAGCGAAGACCAGGGUGCCUCUUUUAAUGCCGGGAUGGGAAUGAGUGUGCUAGCAGGAUCAGCAACCUUGAGCCUAACUCUCAUUUGGCCCUCUGUCAUUGUUUUCGGAAGCUACGAUCUUGCAGAUGAUGAUGACACCAUAUCACCCCAACCUUUCGAAGAAGACCCCUCAUUUCUAACCAAAUUAACAGCAUAUGGGCUCACAACUGAUACCGAAACAAGCUCCACUGCAAGAAUCAUGCUCGUCUCGAUGAUCCCAUUUCUUAUUCUUCAACUCCCACAAAUCAUCAAUUCGGAUUCAGUAACCCGUGUCGUAGAGUUCAUCGCUCUUAUCAUCACAUUGUCUUUCUUCAUUGCUUACAUAGUGUAUCAGAUCUUCCAACCGUGGAUCCAGAACAGAAGAUUUGACUAUGUGACACAAAAAUUUGUCAAGAACAAAUUAUUGAAAUUACUAUCUACAAAUGGAACAGCAAAUGUCACUCUAAUAAAAGACCUUUACAAGGGACUUGACAAAAAUCAUGAUGGUAAAGUGACGAAUGCCGAGUUGAAAACCUUACUUUUAGGAAUACAAGUCCAAGCUGAUGGUGAACUAAGCGAUGAUCUUGUGGAUAGAGUCAUGGAUCAACUUGACAUCUCAGGCGACGAAUUUAUUACAGAGGAUGAGUUUGUUAGAAUUAUGAAGAAAUGGCUCCAAGAUGCCAGGAAAUCUCUCUCCAAGAACGAUUACAACCCCCUUAGUUUCUUCGUCAAGCCUCAAGCCACGGAUGCAGAUGAAGAACAACAAGCGGCUUUGAUACCUAAGAAGAAAAUUAAUGCAAAAACAUCAAUUUGGGACUAUUUGGAGGCUCUGGCUUUGGUAGUCCUUGGGACAUCUGUGACGGCUCUCGUUGCCCUCCCACUUAUAAUGAAUGUUGUGGGUUUUGCUACUCUAGCAAAUGUCCCUUCAUUCCUGAUCCCAUACGUUGUAAUACCGUGUGCCAUAAACAUUCCACGUCUCGUAUCAACGAUUAAUUCAGCAAGCCAAAAGACUCAACGUGCGGCCUCUUUAACUCUUUCUCAGAUCUAUUCAGGAGUGUUCAUGAGCAGUAUGAGUAGUUUAUCCACAUUUCUAUUGACAGUGUGGAUAAGAGAUUUGCCAUGGGAUGUAUCCGCGGAAGUUCUAGUUGUGUUGAUCAUAUGUGGAGUAAUGGGAGUGUUCACUAGUACGAGGACAGUUUUCCCACUUUGGACCGGUUACGUGGGUUAUCUAAUGUACCCUCUGUCACUACUUAUGUUGUAUCUUCUUACCGCCGUUUGGGGUUGGUGAUGAUAGGCUACAUGUAUAAGAUAAAUGCUACAUACCUACAGUAGUGUAUCUUAUAUUCGAAAUUUUUGUUCGCAUUCCUCUUUAAGGUAUCAGUUUGUUCAUUUGCCACAAAGAUUGUUGGUGUACGAUAUAUACAAUUGUAUCAUGUAAUAUAUCGAGUUAUUAAUUUUAUUGAUUCA